GGUGAAGGGCACAGGUGCAGGGGAGACCCACGGUCAUUGUCCUUCUACAAACUCUUCUGUAAAGGGCCAGCCAGCAUUCAGGCUUGCACAUUCUUCCGGGUUUUUACAAGCUUUUCACACGUGAGAGCCAUUCUUAGCCGGCAGGCCUCAACAGGCAGAUGGCCGGGCGCCGGCCUCAGGGGGAGGCAACGGAAAAUUCCUCCUAAAUUCAGUCAGGACAGUACUGGCCACUGCCUCCCCAAGCUGGGGGCCUUGAGGAGGCUGGUCUCCGGCGCUUGGGCUCCAUAUGGCCAAGGCUCAGGUGGGCCCCUGAUGAGGGAGGUGUGGACAGGACAUGCUUGCUCCCUGCUGGGCCUGACUGGCCCCAAGGUCGGCCAGCUCUGGCCGGGCAGGAGCAGGGGCUGCGGCUGGGGCAAUGGAGGCCUGGGGCACCCAUGGCCCUGUCCCCCAGACGCCCCGUGGUGUGGGCACUGCAAGGCACUGGCCCCUGAGUACAGCAAGGCGGCUGCCCUGCUGGCAGCAGAGUCGGCCAAAGUCAGGCUGGCCAAGGCGGACGGGCCCGCGGAGCCAGAGUUGGCCGAGGAGUUUGCGGUGACAAAGUAUCCCACGCUCAAGUUCUUCCUUGACGGGAACCACAGGCACCCGGAGGAGUACACUGGCCCCUGGGAGGCCGAGGGCAUCGCUGAGUGGCUGAGGCGGCGGGUGGGGCCCAGUGCCACGAGGCUGGAGGAUGAGGAGGGCGCCCAAGCGCUGAUAGAUGCCCGGGAUGUGGUGGUCAUUGGCUUCUUCCAGGACCUGCAGGACAAGGAUGUGGCUACCUUCCUGGCCCUGGCCCAGGAUGCCCUGGACAUGAGCUUUGGCCUCACCAACCAGCCUCAGCUCUUUCAGAAGUUCGGCCUCACCAAGGACACCGUGGUCCUCUUCAAAAAGUAUGACGAGGGGCGGGCAGACUUCCCAGUGGAUGAGGAGCUGGGCCUGGACCAAGGGGAUCUGUCACGCUUCCUCCUCACACACAGCAUGCACCUGGUCACGGAGUUCAACAGCCAGACGUCCCGUAAGAUCUUUGCAGCCAGGAUCCUUAACCACUUGCUGCUGUUCGUCAACCAGACGCUGGCCUCCCACCGGGAGCUGCUGGCGGGCUUCCGGGAGGCAGCUCCCAGCUUCCGCGGGCAGGUGCUGUUUGUGGUGGUGGACGUGGGUGCCAGCAACGACCACGUGCUCCAGUACUUCGGCCUCAAGGCCAAGGAGGCCCCCACCCUACGCUUCAUCAACAUUGAGACCACCAAGAAGUGCAUGCCUGCGGACAGGGGGCCAGUCACCGCCACCUCGGUUGCAGCCUUCUGCCACGCAGUCCUGGGUGGGGAGGUCAAGGUCUGCUGCUGGACUGCCCAGUUGGGGGGCGGGAGUGGGAGCAGCGGCUCUUGGGAGAGACCCCCCAAUAAAGCACCUGGCCGGUUCUCCCAGCCUUAUCACUUGAGCCAGGAGGUCCCCCCCCCCGACUGGGACCAGCGGCCAGUCAAGACCCUCGUGGGCAAGAAUUUCGAGCAGGUGGCUUUUGAUGAAACCAAGAACGUGUUUAUCAAGUUCUAUGCCCCAUGGUGCACCCACUGCAAAGAGAUGGCCCCGGCCUGGGAGGCACUGGCUGAGAAGUACAGGGACCACGAGGACAUCGUCAUCGCCGAGCUGGAUGCCACGGCCAAUGAGCUGGAGGCCCUCCCUGUGCACAGCUUCCCCACCCUCAAGUACUUCCCGGCGGGGCCCGGUCAGAAGGUGAUUGAAUACAAAGGCACCAGGGACCUGGACACCUUCUCCAAGCUUCUGGACAGCGGGGGUGAGCUGCCUGCAGAGGAGCCCACGGAGGUGCCCGGAGCCCCCUUCCCGGAGAUGCCAGAAAACACCACGGAGCCCAAAGACGAGCUGUAGUUGCACCGCUGCCAGCGCCCACCUGGGGAGCCGUGUCCCUUGGUGCCCAUGGAAGCUGUGGGCUGUGAA